AUGAAUCUGUCUACUGCAAACAGCAGUACAUCACAGUUACAGCACUUUGAAUCCUGCCCGUCGUCCUUUUCUGCAGUCUUCUUGCUCAUCACAGCUUAUGCUGUAGUGAUAUUGGUGGGGAUUUUUGGCAACCUGUGCCUGAUUAUCAUCAUCAGAAAACAGAAAGAAAGCCAAAACGUUACCAACAUUUUGAUUGCCAAUCUCUCCUUAUCCGAUGUCUUCAUUUGCGUCAUCUGCAUCCCUUUCAAUGCUUCGUACACUCUGAUGGACUAUUGGGUCUUUGGAGAGGCCAUGUGUAAAAUAACUAGCUUUGUACAAAGUAUGUCUGUCACUGCCUCCACAUUCUCACUUAUAUUAAUUGCUGUUGAGAGGUACCAGCUAAUAGUGAACCCACGUGGCUGGAAGCCCAACAUUUCCCAUGCAUACUGGGGAAUUGUCUUCAUUUGGGGGUUCUCUAUGAUCAUAUCAAUUCCCUUUUAUGUAUUCCUGCAAGUUACUGAUGAACCCCUGAAAAACCUUUCUUCCCACACCGAUGUCUUUAUGAACAAGGUUGUCUGCGUUGAAGUGUGGCCGUCUGUUGAAGAGCGACGUGUGUUUACCACAACCAUGUUGAUUUUCCAGUACUUCUUCCCGCUGGGGUUCAUUUUUGUCUGUUAUCUCAAGAUAUUUGUGUGCCUUCAAAAGAGGCAUGGUAAAGUAGAUAAGAUAAGGGAGAAAGAGAGCAGGAUAAAUGAGAGCAAAAGAAUUAAUAUUAUGCUCUUUUCUAUUGUUGUGACCUUUGCAGCAUGCUGGUUACCUCUGAACAUAUUUAACAUUUUGUUUGACUGGAACCAUGAGGCACUGAUGAGUUGCCACCAUAACGUGGUCUUUAUCUUGUGCCACCUGGUUGCCAUGAUGGCAACAUGCAUCAAUCCGGUGUUUUAUGGGUUACUAAACAAAAAUUUUCAAAAGGAUUUAGUCAUUCUGCUUCACAACUUUAGAUGCUUUGCAUCUCAAGAGUUAUAUGAAAACAUUGCCCUUUCAACUCUGAACACUGAUGUGUCAAAGGGAUCCCUGAAACUGAACAACAUGCCUGCAAAUAUCUGA